UCUUCAUUAUCAAUUCAUUUCCAAAUGUCUUGAUAAAGAAAGAUGUCGCUUUCUUAAGUUUGUUGAUUGAUAACAAUUUUUUGUUAUGCUUUACGGCUUUAAAAACAAUGUAUUUUUAGAAUUUGUUAGUUAUUAUUCGGAAAUUAAUUAGAAUAAAAAAGAAUUUUCAACAUUUGUGACAGUUCGGUUGUACUGCAGUGGGGGUGUAAGUGUUAAUGGCUUCCAAAAGUAACGAAGAGAAAUGUCGCGACAUAAGGAAUUACUUUGAAGUAAUUCUACUUUUAAGAUGGUACAUAUUACUGUAACACACAUUUUUAAAAUAUAUGUUUGUAAUAUUUGAGCCAAAUGAGUGACAAUUAUAAUAAGAUAAUGCCAGCUGUUUCGGGAGAACAGCGGCUUCGGCAACUCGAGGCUCUUUUCCUCGGGGGCCCCAUACAAGCCAAAGGACAAAGCUUUAGUAUCGAAACUCUUAUAGACGUGCUUCUGGUAUUGUAUGAUGAAUGCUGCAAUUCAAGUCUCCGUAGGGAAAAAACAGUUUCAGAUUUUAUAGAAUUUGCUAAACCUGUUGCAAGUUCUAUAAAAUCGCUUCGCAUGACAAGAGAAGAUUUUGAAAUUAUUAAAGUUAUUGGAAGAGGAGCCUUUGGUGAAGUAUGCGUGGUAAAAAUGAGAGGAUCAGAUAAGGUUUUUGCAAUGAAAAUUUUAAACAAAUGGGAAAUGUUAAAAAGAGCAGAAACAGCUUGCUUUCAGGAAGAGAGGAAUGUACUUGUUUUUGGAGAUCGCAGAUGGAUAACCCAUUUACAUUAUGCCUUUCAGGACGAGAACAAUUUGUACCUUGUUAUGGACUAUUAUUGCGGCGGAGACCUUUUAACAUUAUUAAGCAAGUUUGAGGACCGUUUACCGGAAGAUAUGGCCAAGUUUUACAUUGCAGAAAUGGUUCUAGCCAUAGAUUCUAUUCAUAAUUUAGGAUAUGUUCAUAGAGAUAUAAAGCCCGAUAACGUAUUAUUGGAUGCAAAUGGUCAUAUACGACUGGCGGAUUUUGGUAGCUGUUUGAAAUUAAAUGAGGACGGUAUGGUUCAGUCAAAUGUCGCCGUUGGGACUCCGGAUUAUAUUUCUCCUGAAAUUUUAAGGGCAAUGGAAGAUGGGCAAGGACGAUACGGUCCAGAGUGUGACUGGUGGUCACUCGGUGUUUGUAUGUAUGAGAUGUUGUAUGGAGAAACGCCGUUUUAUGCGGAAAGUCUUGUUGAAACUUAUGGAAAAAUAAUGAAUCACAAGAACUGCUUUGAUUUCCCUUUGGAUAUUGAAGUAUCUGAUGCUGCGAAAGAUCUCAUAAAGCAAUUAAUUUGUAGUCAAGAAUUUCGAUUAGGACAGAACGGUAUUGAAGACUUUAAGAAUCAUCCGUGGUUUGAGGGAGUCGAUUGGGAAGGAAUAAGAGAUAGCGCGGCGCCUUAUAUUCCUGAAGUGUCUAGUCCCACAGACACGUCGAAUUUCGACGUCGAUGAUGCCGAUAUUCGAAUAUCAGACGCGCUGCCCCCAACGGCUAAUUCGGCAUUUACGGGGCUCCAUUUACCUUUUGUAGGUUUCACGUUCACUCAGGGAAGUUGUAUUUCGGACAUGGGUUCUGCCAUGAGGAAUAUGAACGCAAAUAAUUUCUAUGUAAAUAAUGUGGGAAAACAAGAUAAUCGAAAUAAUGGUGAUAUAAAAACGCUGGCCUUAAAUCAAGACAAAAUAGAGAACGAAAAGAAAACAUCUCCGGACAGUACUCGGAAGCUUCAAGACGAAAUCAAUAUGUUGACUAAAAAGAACGGAGAAUUGGAAACUAAACUUCGCACUUUAGAAAGUGGACAUUCUAAAGAAAUUUGUCUCGAUUCCACGGAUGGUUCAGAAGCGAAUAAAAUAAGAGAAUUCGAGAAAAUCAUUAAAGCUUUGAAACAAGAAAAGGAGGAAUUUCAAAAAGAUAAACUAGAUUUACAAGAGAAGAUUAAAUUGCAAGACAAAGAACUAAAAGAUGCUUUGGCGCAACGAAAAUUAGCAAUGACUGAAUAUUCUGAGGUGUCCGAUCGUCUGUCUGAACUACGUCAACAGAAACAAAAAUUAUCGAGACAGGUGCGCGAUAAGGAGGAAGAAUUGGAAACUGCAAUGCAAAAAGUGGAUACAUUAAGACAUGAUAUUCGUAAAGCGGAAAAGCUUCGACGGGAAUUAGAGUCUCGUGUGGAGGAAGCUCUUGCAGAAGCCAACAAGGAAAGAAAACUCAGAGAACGGUCGGAGGAAUACUGCAGGCAGAUGCAGGCAGAAUCGGAUCGGUUGAGGGUGAGAAGCGACAUUGGUUCUCGGGAUCAGCAGGAUGCCCAGAGACUUAAAGCAGAACUGGAGAAAUUGGAGGUUCAGUAUAACGAAAGUUUAACUCAACAGCAAACAAGAUACAAUAUGGAAUUAUCAUCACUACGAGAACAACUGACUGAAGCAGAAAAUCAUAGAGACCUGUUAGAGCGUGAAGUUCAGGUAUUAAAAGACAAACUUGAGAAGGCAAGAGUAGAGGCAGUCGCUGAUUCAGAACAGACUGUGACCGAAAUUAACCGCAGGAAUGAUAGAGAAAAACAAAUUAUGCGAGAAGAUAACGAGAAACUUCAGUUAAAUGUUAAUUUAUUGUCAGAGCAACUAAGUCGACUGCAAAAUGAACGUACGGCUAUCGAAAUUGAAUACGAGCAAUUGCGAGGAAAGCAAGAGACACUCAGUCAAUGGGAAUCACAACUGGCCGAAAUCAUACAAUGGGUUAGUGACGAAAAAGACGCAAGGUCGUAUUUACAAGCUUUAGCCACAAAAAUGACUGAAGAACUGGAGUAUUUGAAACAUUCUGGUGUCUCAAACUCAGUAAGUGGAAGCGACAAGAACUGGCGAAACCGAAGAUCCCAGAAAUUAGAUAAAAUGGAACUUUUGAACUUACAAAGUUCUCUUCAGUCUGAAAUUCAAGCCAAACAAACCAUCAGUGAGGAUUUGAGCAAAACAAGAGCAGAAUUAUUGGCGGCACAAAAGGAAUUGAGAGAUUACCGGCAGAGAAAUGAUGUGCUUGCAAUGGAAGUGAAACGGAAAGAAAAACAAAUCAAAGACCUCCAAGGACGUUUGGAUUCAGGAGAGGGAUUUCUGGAAAGACCUUCAUCUCAGAUGUCUUAUCUAGACCAGUUUUUGAAAGAAACCAAUUCUUCGCAGUCUCAAAUCCAGGGCCAUGCAGUGCCACAUUCUUACGAAAAUGCAGCCCUUUUGUACCAAGGGGGUUCUCUUGAGUCAGAAGAAGGUGACAUUGAGGACAAUCGGGCUCUUAGUAUAGCCAGUUCUAAAAGCAAUUUAUCGGAAUUAAAUAUGCAUGAAUCGCAUUCUCCGACGAAACUGAAAACGCACCAGUUUUUAGUUCGUACUUUCUCUAGUCCAACAAAAUGUAGUCAUUGUACGUCUUUGAUGGUCGGCUUGAUGCGCCAAGGAAUGGUGUGUGAAAUAUGCGGGUUCACGUGUCAUACCUCUUGCUGUCCGCACGUGCCUGCCGUUUGCCCUGUACCAUCAGAUCAAACGAAACGUCCAUUAGGAAUAGAUCCAACUAGAGGUAUAGGCACAGCCUACGAAGGUUACGUCAAAGUUCCCAAACAGGGUGGCGUAAAAAAAGGCUGGGUACGUCAAUUUGUAGUUGUCUGUGAUUUCAAAUUGUUCUUGUACGACAUAUCACCCGAUCGAAAUGCACUACCUUACGUGCAUGUUGCCCACGUUUUGGACAUGCGCGAUCCCCAAUUCAGUGUCAGUAGCGUACGUGAAUUGGAUGUAAUUCACGCUAACAAAAAGGACAUACCGUGCAUUUUUAGGAUAACAACAUCUUUAAUGGAACCUCCGGGCCCUCGAAAUUCGACAUUAAUGUUGGCUGAUUCCGAAGCAGAAAAAAAUAAAUGGGUCGUCGCCUUGUCUGAAUUACAUCGAAUAUUAAAGAGGAAUAAUCUUCCGAAUACAACCGUACUAGUAGCUAGGGAACUUAUAGACAAUUCGUUGACUCUGAUCAAAAACACCAUGAGUUCAGUGAUCAUUGAUCCCGACAGGAUUGUUCUAGGAGCCGAAGAAGGAUUGUAUUGCGUUGACUUGGAUCGAUCAGAAAUUGCAAGAGUGGGCGAGGGUAAGAAAAUCUACCAGUUAGAGUACAUCAGUGAAGAGCAUUUACUGGUGGUAGUAAGUGGAAAGCAAAGGCACGUACGACUUGUACCGAUAAGGGCCCUAGAUGGAGACGAUACUGAAUGGAUCAAGGUGGCUGAGAGUAAAGGUUGUUCUGCUCUCGCUGUGGGACCAGUUUUACAAAACCCGCUGACUUUUUAUCUUUGUAUAACCGUUAAAAAACAGGUAUUACUGCAUAAGUACACUUGUGUACAUACGUAUUAUGUAUGUAUAUUACGUUUACAGAAUUCGUCUUCGAUAAUUGUUUACGAAAUAACGCGAACCAGGACGAGACAUCAUAGGUUAAGAGAACUUUCGCUACCAGUCGUUGUUCAAUCGUUGCAGUUGCUCUCUGAUGGAAAAUUGUGUAUUGGAUCAUCCUCCACGUUCACCCUUUACAGUGUUCAAGGCGAUCAGCUGUCAAUAUCAUUAUUGCACACGGAAAACCCCCUUCAAGCGACGUUGUCUCUCAGUUCUGUAGAAGCGGUCAGGGCGAUAGAGUUACCGAAAAAUGAGUUUUUGCUUGUCUUUGGCACCCUUGCAGCUUAUGUGGACAGGCAUGGACGGAGGUCGAGAGAAAGAGAAAUUAUGUAUCCUGCCGUACCCACAGCAAUUUGUUACCGCGACGGCCACUUAAUAGUUUAUAGCGAAACUCACAUAGAUGUGUUCAACUGUUUAUCAGGGGAGUGGGUUCAGACUUUAAAUGUGAAAAAAGCAAAGCCGUUGAAUAAUACUGGGAGUUUGUCGAUUUGCGUCAUCCACGAUUUAAGUCACUUAUUGUACUUAUCCAAUAUACAUCAACCGGAACUAAUUAAUUUAGAUAACUUCGUGACACAAGAUAGAGACGGUAGAACGAUACAGAGGCCUCGAAGGAGAUUUUCAUUGCGAGAGGGGCACAGAGGACAGAGAAUAACUUCGGACCGACGUUCUAAACUCAUAUCAGCUCCUACGAAUUUCAAUCAUAUAAGUCACAUGGGCCCCGGAGAAGGCAUUCAAAAACAACGUCUCAUCGACCUUACCACGAAUCUCGUUGAUUCAUCAGAACCAAAUCCCAGUUACCAACCCCAACCACAAUCAAGGCCAUCAAAGAUGGCACCUUUACCUCCGAAACAUGGCGAACGACGAAGGCCUGAAAUAUCGAACCCUACACUCAUUCAAAACGCAAAAUUUCCCGCUUAUAACAGUAGCAAGCGCGCAGCACCCCCUAGGCCACGAGAUCUACCCCCGGCAUUACCACGCCCAGCUGACCCUUCCCCAUCACCAGACCCGGCGAGCAUCGGCAGCAUGUCGUCGUUACAUGACAUCAUAAAGGAAACAGGGAAACAAAGUCCGAGACAUUCUAUAGCAAGUAAUAACAGUUCAAAUUUAUCUACACCACCCUCUCCCCAAGCAGAUCACAACAAUAGUUCUAGUUACGAUAGUUAAAUCUAAUCUUAGAGGGCACGAAAUUUCUGCGUCUUGUUCAAUAUUAUUAAAUACAUAUUAUUAAAAAGCAGUAACAGAAACAGUAAUAAUAACUACGUAAAUUAGUGCCGUAAUACGUACAAACAAUCAUUUUGGUUGUGUUGUAUAAUAAAAAAGGGAAUAUUGUAUAUAUUGAUACAGUUGAAGAAAAAACCUCGGUCAUUCUUUUUCAGUUUUCUUCUUUUAGAGCUUAUACUUACGUAUCCCAAUUGUGUUACUUAUUUCUUUCUUGAUAUUGUUUUUGUUUUAAAUAAUCAACUUCUUCAUUAAUAUUUCGUCUUACUCUUUUGUACAGCGUCUUUUAUUAAUAAAAGUAUAAUGAUAAUCCAGUACAAAUUUCAAGAGAAAAAAAUAUUUCAUUGAAAUUAAUUGAAAGUAACAGAUAUAUUGUGUGUUGUAACGUCAAAUCAUGAAAUUAUUAACAUUACUAAUCGUAAACUUCUUACACUUAAGUGUUUUAUUAAAAAGGGCAACUGAAAGACAAUGAUUAAGAGAGUCUCUCCAUGCAUUUUUUAAUUAUAUUCUUUGUAACACUAAAAGGUAACAAAAGCAAUAAUACAUUAUGUUGGAAUACAUUCAUUUAAUUUUAACGCUUUAACAUGGACAGUUGCCCACAUUUUUAAAACACUCGGUAUAAGUAUAAUCUACAUUAUACUAAAAUAUUUGGCUUUUGUUGUUGUUACUUUUAAUCAAUGCUAUAUGAUUGGAACACUUACCUUUUUCUAAUAAAAAAUUCUCGAAUUUUAAAAUCAAUAUACAUUAAGUACUGCUGAUUUAUUCUAAACGACUGAAGGACUGAGUUAUCUCAGUAUUAUUUAAUUUUCACUUGGUAGCGACCUAGUAAUUCUUUUAGUACCUAAUCACUGUACUUAUGUUGUGUAUAAUUGUCCUAAUACAUAUUUGUUUGUUUUGUUAUUUAUGUUGUGUUUAAGGUGUGCAUAUUAUUAUUAGUGUAAUCUUUACAUUAUCAAUUGACAUUUAAUUAUAUUAUUAGUCAUUAGUCAAUUAUAAAAAAA